AUGUCAACAGUAAUUGUAACAUCAAUAUUAUCGACAACAACAACAACAGCAACUGGAGCAGUAACAUUAACAUCAACGUUAAUGUCAACGAAAAAUAGUAUUGCUACUACUACUACUUCUGCUACUACUACUAAUACUACAAAUUUGAAUUCAAUGAAGCAGUUGAUAACAGCAGCAACAACAACAACAGAUGAUAUUUUACUUGAUGAGUUAUCAUCACGUUUGCAUGGUGUUUUACCAAUUCAACCAACACCAUUACUAUUACCAUCUGAUCAUAUUUCAUCGUCACUUAAAAGUACACGUUUAAAUGGUCAUUUAAUUUAUUGUUUUGUUAUUGGUGGUGAAUGCCGUUUAUGCUUUCCACAAAUAAUAAGCGUUGUAUUACAUGAUGUACCAAUUAGUGAUAUUAAUGAAUUAUUUAUUAAUUUAAAUAUUCAUAUAUCAGUUGCUAGUCAACAGCAAUUGGAUACAUUAAAAUUAGCUGGUAUUAUGCCAAUGACAGCUGACAGUUGUGGUUUAAUAACAAAAAGUGAUGCAGAACAUUUAGUUGCUAAAUUAUUACCACAAUGUAGUGGUUAUCGUUUAGCAACAGCAGGAUCAUCAACAACAACAACAGCACCAACAACAACAACAAUAGCAGCAGCAACAACAACAGCAAUGAUUAAAUCAUAUGAUGAACUAAUGAUGAAUGAUGCUAUACCAGUAAUGCAUGAUUGCUUUGAUGGUUGCACUGGUAUAUUAAUACCAAUGCUUAAUUGUGAUGAACAAAUUGAAUGUACCCAAUGUAAAUUAUUAUUUACUGGUGAAAAAUUUGUCUCACAUUCACAUUCCAUGCAACAAAUUCAACGUAUAUGUCAUUGGGGUUUUGAUUCAUCAAAUUGGCGACAUUAUUUGCAUUUACCAGAAUCAUAUGAAAAUGAUUUGAAAGCAUUGCAAAAACUUGAAUUAUACAAAUAUCCAACAAUGAUGCAUCGUCUUGGUAAACGUUCCGCUUCAAAUGCAUUUACGACAAUUGAAAGUGGUAGCUGCUCAAAAGUGGCAAAUUUAGCAAUGACAACAGCACCAUCAUCAUCAACAGCAAUAAAAUCUAUUGAAACUGAAACUGAAAUUGGAGGAAUUGGUAUUGAAAUUACUCCAACAAUUACUACAUCAUCGAUGAUGAAAUCAUCAAUGAAUAAUGAUUUUAAUGAAUAUAAUAUUUUAAAAUUUUCUACCACUACUACUACUGCUACAACUCCUAUUACUAUAACCAAUACAUAUGCAACAACAACUAUUGCUGAUACAACAACAGUAACUGUAGUUACACCAACAAUUCCUUCAGCUACAUUAACAACAAAUUCAUCAUCAUUUUUACCCAUACAAAUACCAGUAAUUAAUGAUCAAUCAUCUUCAUCAUCAGCAUCAUCUGGUAUAUCAUUAAUAAAUUCUCAAUUACAAUCACUUCUUGCGCUACAACUUAUUACCUCACAAUUACCUCUAGCAAAUGAAUCAUAUCGUUUACCUAUUCUUACAAAUCUUCCAUCUCAUCUAACAUCUGAUAUACGAUGGAAAUCAAUUUAUGAUAUACAAUCAUCAUUAUCAUCAUCAUUGUUAUCAUCAUCAGCACCAUUAAUUAAUAAUAAUAAUAAUAAUAGUAAUAACAAUAACAGCAAUAAAUUAACAGUUGAUAUGAGACAAAUUACGGAUGAAAAUCUGCCCAAUAAAUAUAUACCUAUAUUAUCUACUACUAGUAGUACAACUUCUAAUAAUACUACUAUUUCUACAACAACAACUACUAAUAAUACUGCUACUGCUACUACAACAACAAGAACAAAUUUUGAUAUACCAAUAACAUCAACAACAACAACUACUAGCAAAACAGCAAUAUCAUUGGAAAAAUUAUUGGAUCAAACAUUGAAAGAACCAGUUUUAUCAGUUGCCAAAUUAUUGAUUAUGGAAUUUCGGCGUGAAAAAGAAUUGUUACUUAAUCAAAAUGGACAAUUACGACGUGAAAAUGCACUUUUACGUAGCGCACUUGCCAGCAGUACUGUUUUAGUUGGCUUAAAAGGAUUAACCACAACAAAUGUUCCUAUUUCAUAA